GUACGUAUUCUGCAUGGCCGCUACGCCUUAUCUUAUCAUCCCACCAUCCCAUUGGUCCGUGCUGAACCCACCCAAAUUUUUCCCGCGCGACAUCAAAAAGUUUCCCAGCAGCCUUGCCUCGCUUCGCUUGGAAUCGAAUCGCCUCCCGAGUUUUGCUGUUGUUCGUCGUCAUCAUUGCUGUCGAAUCCCCGGGCCAAGUUGCAACAACUUCAGCCAAACUUUCUUCGUAUAUUUCGCCCGUCUCCCAUUACCCAACCUCCUUUCACCUUUGCGACGAAAAGAACCACCUACGACAAUGGCCGACGCCGAUCCCAAGGGCUUCAAGCGUUCCGGCGCCGACAGAGACGGGAGCUUGAGGAAGAAGGCCAAGAAGGAGGAGGAGGCAGACUCGGAAGAGCCCAAGUACAACCCCUACCUGGCACACAUGAAGGAGGAAAAUGGCGUCAAGGCCGAGGACGGUGUCAUCGAUGCGAGCUCACCCUUUGCCGGUUUCAAGCCGCGCGCGACCACGGCCAAGCAGGCCGAGAAGGUCGAAGACCUCGACACCAACGCCUUCACCGGCCGGCCCCAUUCGCAAAAGUACUUCCAGAUUAUGCAGUCACGUCGCGAUCUGCCCGUACAGAAGCAAAGACAAGAGUUUCUCGACAAGUACCACUCCACCCAGAUCCUCGUCUUCGUUGGUGAGACGGGUUCUGGAAAGACGACCCAGAUCCCCCAAUAUGUCGUCUACGACGAGCUCCCCCAGCUCAACCGCAAGAUGAUCGCCUGUACCCAGCCCCGUCGUGUCGCCGCCAUGUCCGUCGCCCAGCGUGUCGCCGAUGAGAUGGACGUUGAGCUCGGCGAGGAGGUCGGAUACAGCAUCCGUUUCGAGGACAGGACAGGCCCCAACACAAUCCUGAAGUACAUGACGGAUGGUAUGCUUCUCCGUGAAGCCAUACACGACCACGAGAUGUCGCGCUACAGCUGCAUCAUUCUCGACGAGGCCCACGAGCGCACCCUCGCCACUGAUAUCCUCAUGGCCCUGCUCAAGCAGAUCGCCGCUCGUCGUCCCGACCUCAAGAUUAUUGUCAUGUCCGCCACGCUCGAUGCGCAAAAGUUCCAGCGCUACUUCAACGACGCGCCCCUCCUCGCCGUCCCCGGUCGUACGCAUCCCGUCGAGAUCUUCUACACCCCCGAGCCCGAGCGAGACUACGUCGAGGCGGCCAUCAGGACGGUGCUGCAGAUCCACGCCUCCGAGGGUGAGGGCGACGUCCUUCUCUUCCUGACGGGUGAGGAGGAGAUUGAAGACGCUUGCAGGAAAAUCAACCUAGAGGCCGACGAGAUGACGAGGGAAAUCGAUGCCGGUCCGCUGGCCGUCUACCCGCUGUACGGCACACUGCCGCCGCACCAGCAGCAAAAGAUUUUCGACAAGCCCCCGGCCCCUUACAAGAAGGGCGGCCGGCCCGGUCGCAAGGUCAUUGUGGCGACCAACAUUGCCGAGACGUCGCUGACGAUCGAUGGUAUCGUCUACGUCGUCGACCCCGGCUUCAGCAAGCAGAAGAUCUACAACCCCCGUAUCCGUGUCGAGUCGCUCCUCGUGUCGCCCAUCUCUAAGGCCUCGGCUCAGCAGCGUGCUGGUCGUGCCGGUCGUACAAAGCCCGGAAAGUGCUUCCGUCUGUACACGGAAAAUGCCUUCAAGAAGGAGCUCAUCGAGCAGACGCACCCCGAGAUCUUGCGGUCCAACCUCGCCAACACGGUGCUGGAGCUGAAGAAGCUCGGCGUCGAGGACCUCGUCCACUUCGAUCUCAUGGACCCUCCGGCCCCCGAGACCAUGAUGCGCGCGCUCGAGGAGCUCAACUACCUCGCCUGCCUCGACGACGAUGGUGAGCUGACGACGCUCGGCAGCCUGGCGUCCGAGUUCCCCCUCGACCCGGCCCUGGCCGUCAUGCUCAUCUCGUCGCCCGAGUUCUACUGCUCCAACGAGAUCCUCUCCAUCACGUCGCUCCUGUCCAUCCCCCAGAUCUGGGUCCGCCCGGCGGCGCAGCGCAAGCGCGCCGACGAGAUGAAGGCGCAGUUCUCCCACCCCGAGGGCGACCACCUCACGCUCCUCAACGCCUACCACGCCUUCAAGGGCACGGCCAGCCAGCCCGGCGUGGACCCCAAGAAGUGGUGUCACGAGCAUUUCUUGUCGUUCCGCCACCUCAGCAGCGCCGACAACGUCCGCGCCCAGCUGAAGCGCAUCAUGGAGACGCACGGCCUCGAGCUCAUCUCCACGCCCUUUGAGGACAAGAACUACUACACAAACAUCCGCCGCGCCCUCCUCUCGGGUUUCUUCAUGCAGGUCGCCAUGAAGGAGAGCUCCGGCAAGGUGUACCGGACCAUCAAGGACGACCAGGCCGUCAUGAUGCACCCGUCGACGGUGCUCAAGACGGACUACGAGUGGGUGCUCUACAAUGAGUUCGUCCUGACCUCGAAGCAGUACAUCCGUACCUGCACCGGAAUCAGGCCAGAAUGGCUGUUGGAAAUCGCUCCGGUCUACUACGACCUUGACUCUUUCGAGAAGGGCGAUGUCAAGACGGCCCUCAUGCGGGCCGCCGAGAAGAAGCGCCGCAAGGAGGCCAUGAAGAACGGCCGGUGAGCGGUGCGCACGCACGCACGUACGCCCGCCUGCAAUCUCCAGCAAUCACCCCAUGAGAGAGAGAGAGAAGUGCAGUCCGAUACCCACUCCUAUGGUUUUUAAAAAUCGGUCCCCCAGCAGCAGGAGCAACGAAGUGCCAAAGCUAGAACCAGGACGGACCCGCGCGGGCAAUCAGAAGGGCUAAAACCAUGGCCACGACGACCAAGGGGGGGGUCGAAACGAUAGAAGAAAAGAGACCUCGCGAUCGCGGGGUGCUUACGAGGGUUGCUUCCAUCGCCGGGCAGGGGGGGGAAACGCUUGGACUGUUCGAGACCAGUCAGUCCCCCUCUCCAUUAAAGUGGUUGAAGGGAGAAAAUCUCCUUCUAGCAACGGAUCUCAAUUUUGUUUUGUUUUUUUCCCUCUUUUUUACCUUUUUCCCGCCCUUCGGUAACACGUUUGCUCACGCGCCUGGCUGGGCACACACAAUAACAUCGAAGCGGGUAACCGGGACUUUCGUAGAAGAAAAGAUUCUCGUCAACGGCCAUCGUCAACCCGAAUAGCAUCAGACAGAUAAAGGGUCGGGGGGAGGGGAUGAAGCUUGGCAGGGUCGGGAGAGGCCCUGAUUUCAUUCGAACUACCUUACAGAAGUAGAUUUUCGGCGUCUUAAAGGCAUUUUAGCAUCAAUGGACACAGGUGGCAUCCGGAAUAUAUUAUUUUUCACACACACAUACAUGCCUAUACGCUCUCUGUCUCUCUCUUUCUUUUUCCCUCUAUUGGCCUUCAUCCCCCCCAUCCCCAACUCACCCCCUGCCUUCUUCUUCCCCUUUCCUAUCCGCUCGGAGACAAGCCACCCUCUGGCAGAUGUAGAAUACGAUGAAUCACCAAGUUUUGUUUCGUUUCCUUUCAUCUCCUAUUUUCGGCAUCUGCCCCCCCUGGAUAUGGAUCCCCGAGGUCCCUCAGGCACUCAUCCCACUGUGGAUCUUGGACGCAGAUGCAGAACGCGACAGAGGUAUUUGGCCGUCGUGCGAUAGGUAGGUAGCCUGCCUGUACGAAGGCGGGCCCUUUGAAAGGGGGGGUGGGGAUGUCGGGUCUGUUUCCUCUCUUCCUCUCUUUGUCUGAAGCCCCCCCCCCCCUUCUCUCUCUCUCCCACUGCAGCAAGCGGGCGCAUGCUGAAAAUGCAUGUGUGAUUGUGAUUGUGAUUGUGAUCGUGAUCGUGAUCCCCUUCCCCCCCCUCGGGCCCCAUGCAAUGGCU